AUGGAAACCGAUCCUUGUGGCUUAGUUUUACUUCAGAUUGUAUCUAGAGGAAAUGCCAUUAUUGCCGAAAUAUUACGGCUUAAGAAUUUUAUUCCUCCAGUUUAUAAAUUAAUCAACAAGCAAGAAUUACAAAAAUAUGGUCAAAUAAUAUUAGAUUUUUCCUAUUUCAAUAAUCCAAAUGAAGUCGAAAAUAAAAUAGAGACAAAUCCAGCUUUAAAUGAUUUAAAUGAAGAGUUAAAAGAAAGUAAUUUGGAAAUCAUUAAUCAAUUCUAUUUUUUAUUUGAAAAUGUAUAUAAAUAUGUACGUGAUUUAAAUGAAUAUCUGGAUGAACUUGAAGAAGGAAUUUAUAUACAACAUACUCUUGAAACUAUGUUUAUAUCUGAAGAAGGAAAACAGCUAUUAUGUGAAUCAUUAUACUUAUAUGGUGUUAUUUUGUUGUUAAUUGACAUUAACAUUGAAGGAAUAAUCAGGGAAAGAUUAUUAGUUGCUUAUCAUCGCUAUAAUGCUCAAGAGUAUAAUAAUCAAAAUUCAAUUGAAGAUAUUUGUAAAUUAUUACGAAGUACAAAAGAGGGUUCAGCCAGAAAAAUAUCAUCAUAUCCUAUAAACUAUUUCAAAAGAGUUCCAGUUAAUACAAACUUAAUUAAUAUGACUAUUGAAAGAUUGAGGUCAGAUGAUGUAUAUAACCAAUUAGCAUUAUAUCCAAAUCCAGAUCAUAGAAGUAUUGCAUUUGCAGGUCAAGCAGCAAUGCUAUUUGUAUGUUUAUUUUUUAAGCCUAAGAUUUUAAAUGAAGAAUUUGCUAUUAUGAGAGAAAUAGUUGACAAAUUUUUCCCUGAUAAUUGGGUUAUUAAUGUAUAUAUGGGAGUUACAGUAAAUAUAAUCGAUUCUUGGGAAGAGUUUAGAGCAGCUAGAACUGCUGUAAGCAAUAUAAUUCAAACAACAGAAAUUAGUCGCUUAGCAAGUUCUCGUGCUCAAGAUUUUCUGAACAUACCAAAGGAGUUAAAUUCAAUACUUGGGAAUCCCAAUAUAGAAAAAAAAAUAUUGGAUAACAUUAAUUCUGUUAUGAAUUUAUAUCGGAAUUGUAAUGUUUUAUUAAGAUGGUAUAUAUUACAUACAUCAAAAAUUCAUCUUCUUUCAGCUAGUACGCGAAAAAGUAAAAUAAUUUGUGACCAAGUUUGCAAACAAAGUUUAUUUAAUGAAAAGAACAUUUUUGAUUUAUUAAUAACUACAUCAGAAUUUGAAUUAAAAAUAAAACAUUUAUUUAAAAGUUUGUUAGAUGAAAAAGAUGCUAGAUGGCUUAAAAGAAAACAAGAUUGUGUUGAGCGUAUGAAUGAAUUAUCAGAAAUUUUUUCAGGAUUAACAACUAUGUCACGAGUUAAGAAAAAUGAAAAUUUACAAUUAUGGUUUGUUAAUAUUGGUAAACAAAUUGAAUCAAUUUCUAUGGAUGAUGAAGUUAUUGCUACCAGAAAGAUCACCCAAAUUAUUAAAGCUUUAGAUGAGGUUCAAGAAUUUCAUCAACUUGCGCAUAAUUACCAAGUUAGUCAGACCAUUGAAGAUACACAUAAUUAUCUUCGUGAAAUGAUGAAAACUCAAAGUGUUAAGGAUAAUGUUCUAAUUGUUCAUCAAAUUAUUGGAGACUUUAGUUAUGCUUGGUAUCAUAUUGAUAGAUUCACAGACUUAAUGCGCAAUACAAUAAAAGAUGAUCCUUCAUUUGUGAUUAAACUUCGGGCAACAUUCUUAAAACUGGUAUCAUGCAUGGAAGUACCACUCAUACGUAUCAAUCAAUGUGGUAGUGAAAACUUUAUGUCAGUUAGUCAAUAUUAUUCAAAUGAGUUAGUUGAAUAUAUACGUAAAGUACUUCAUAUAAUUCCUGAGACUAUGUUUAAACACAUGGAUGAUAUAGCAUCGUUACAAACAAAUGUUAUUACAGAAAUACCAACUAGAUUAGAAAAAGAUAAACUUAAUUUCUCUGCCCAGCUUGAUAGAAUUCUGAAGGUAGCUAAGUUAACUUAUUCUAUAUCAUUAACGAUGGAAGGAGUAUUAUAUAUGAAAAGUACCCUAGUUGGUGUUGUAAAGAUUGAUCCUAAACAACUUCUCGAAGAUGGAAUUCGUAAAGAAUUAGUUCAACAUAUUGCAAUUGCUUUACAUAACGGUCUUGUAUUCAACCCAAAAGCUAAAACUAGUGAAUUAGUAUCCAAACUUGAUGCACUUAGUAAUAUUAUGGCUGGUUAUCGUCGUUCAUUUGAGUAUAUACAAGAUUUCAUUGGUAUACCUGGCUUAAAAAUAUGGCUAGAAGAAUUAAGCAGAAUAAUUGGAUAUAAUGUUGAAAUGGAAUGCAACAGCUUCAUGCGUACAAAACUAUUAGAUUGGCAAAGCAAUAAUCAGAGCAAGGUUGUACCUGUUCCAUCAUUUGAACCUUGUGAUAAUCAAUCCAUGACAUUCAUUGGGCGCCUUGCUAGAGAAUUAAUUAGAAUAACUAAUCCAAAAGUAGCUGUUUAUAAAGAACAAACUACUGCAUGGUAUGAUUAUAAAACUCAUGAAGAAAUUAUUAAUAUAUGGUUAUAUUCUAAUAUAAAAAAAUCAAUAAGUGUUUGUGGACUUACUGGCUUGGAUAAACUCAUUGGAUUCAUGAUAGUUGUUGAACAGAAGAAACUAUUUGAAUAUAUUAAAUACAAAGUGAUUAAAGAUAGAGAAAACUCACAAAUUCUUGAAACUAUAGCAAAAGAAUUGUUAUCUCCUGACUUAAAUAAAAGUAAUUCAAUUAAAACAUACCAAAAACUUUGUUCGAAAAUUCAAAAAAUACUAUCUAUUCUUUUGGAAUCAAUUAUGACAAUUGGGCAGCUUCAAAUUAUACGAAAGCAAAUAUAUUUUGAACUUGAAGUUUCAAGUAAAUUAAAUGCUAGAAAUAUAUUUGAUUGUAUAGAUACAUUGAACAAGGCUGUGUUAAAUGGAGUAAAAACCCACUUAAGUGAUCCAGAAAAUACACCAUAUCCAGAUAAUGAUAACCCGUUGUUAUCAGAAGUGAGCAAAAUGAUGGAUUGGUCUGGAAUUGGAGAUCCGUAUUCAAAAUUAUAUAUUACUGGAGAUAAUACUCAAUGCAUAUCUUUAAUUAUAUUUUUAUUAACAGUAAAUCAAUUCUCAAAACUCCAAUACACAGAAAAUUUAGCACUCCUGAUGUGGACAAAAAUUGGUGAUCCUGUUGAUGGUGCACCAUUAUAUAUUGGUGUACAGUCAUUCUUAAAACAAUUUCAUCCAGAUAUUAUUAAAAAAUAUUUAGAAUAUCUAACUGAAUAUUUUAAAUUGCUUAUAGGCAAUAGUAACAAAUGGAUCGAUAAGAAUGAAAUACCUAAUGAAUAUUAUGUAUCUAAAUUUUAUAUCGAAAGAUUUAUGUUUAUUGCUAAUAUAGAUCAGCAAAUAUUUUUGGACAUGGUUCCAUUCUUUUUAAUUAAUUUACUCGAAAGCGGAAAGGAUUCAUCAUCUAAAUAAAGAAAAUAGUAAAACCGUAUAAUGUACACAACUUUUUUUUUUAUAACAUUUUUUAUAUUACAUAAA